GUUGUUUUCUGCGUGUUUCCCAAGUGCUGAAGGAUGAUAAGAUAAGAUGUUAUUCUGAUCCCGGUAAAAGAUUUGUCCCAUUUCACUUCAUCCGUGUUAGUCGUUACCCAUGAUCAUUAGCACGGCAGAUUCCACUAAGGCAAACGACGCUAGCUCCAGACUGCACGCCUAACACGGUUCAAAGCAUUCAACUGAUAGCGAAGUGAAUUCACAAACCGAUAUAGAUCCUCAAACCAUGAUCUGAUGGUUUUCUUUACCUGUUUCAACUUGAUUGGAAGUAUUCGAUACUGUCGGGUUGCUGGGGAAAUAAAAUUGGUGGCUGAUUUAUAAGGGCAGAAUGCUGGAAGUUCUCUGACUCAGUUGGUACCGUUAGGCAGGUCUCAUAAGAGAACUGACAUCUAUUAACUUAACUCUUCUCCAAAAAGAUUGUCAGCACAAUCGCGAGCGCGCAAUGACUUUCGCGACGCGCCGGAGUCUCCGCCGCUCGCAGACCAUCGACCAUGAUGAACUCGCCGAUACAAAAAUUGGGUUUAUCGAGAUGCUUCCCUCCACUCAGCCAAAGCGUCGGGGAAGACCGCCAAAGUCUUCAACAUUAUGCGGAAAGCUUCCUGGCUCCAAGCCUCGUGGACGGCCUCGCAGUACUGCCCCUCGCAUAAUGUCUGACAAACGCAUCGCAUUAACGCUGGGCUGGCGAAUGCGAAAAUUCACAAUGGGAAAGCGAGUAGGCGAUGCCGCUCGAUCAGUAUACCGUCUGUCGCGCCAGUGGCCAUGGGACUUGGUCGCAGGCUUCGUCCCGAAGAAAUGGGGCGUCGAGAUUCUGGAGAGUUUGAGGAGGCUCUUUAGAAUUAUCCAUCAAAACUUCACAGUACAUGAUCAUCGGAACGACUUUCAGUUUGUCAAAGAUUAUCUGCGCGAAUGUGCAAUGAAGCAUAGUCGACGGCGCCCACAUUUGAAGAAUAGCGAUAUCCGGGACGCGUGCGAUUAUUUCGCUGAUGAUAAUCCUGCUAGACGCAAUGUUAUACGCACAAAAAUGACACGAUUGAAGUGCUCAAUCAGCACGGUCGUGCCAGAAGACGAAGAUGGAUGGCAAGACUAUAGAGGCUAUGACUAUUUUGACGACGACGAUGAUGAUGAACAUGUCGACAUUGCUACUCCUACAAAGGGAUCAAGAACACCCUCCUCACCUUCACUGAGCCCGAAGCGAGCACGAACGGCCGAGUCUACUGAACCACGCCCACAAAGCAUCACAGACAUCACCAAUUCCUUACAAUCAUUGCACGCCCAAAAGCAAAAGGAGCUCGAAGCGGUAACCAAUUCACUGGACGAGAUUACAGCUUCAAUCCAAGCAAAAGAAGCAUCUCAAACAAAUCACGUCAACGCAAAAAUUGACAGACUAUCCUCCGACGUGAAGGCCUACGAAUCAGAACGGAAGAAGAUCCUCAAAAUUCGAAGAUUCGUGGAACAGCAACACAAAGGCAUGAUGAUGAAAGCAGAUCAUCUCCUACAGCAGUACACGUCGCGACUUGAAGAAUACGACAAGUUAAUUGCGCAGGCAAACGUUGAUGUUUCGGAAGAGCUGGAUCAGGUUGCGCGGAGGGAUUUUGACUUGGAGGAUGAGAAGAAGAGGCUGGAAGGACGUGUGAAGGAAGUUCUGGAGGAGGUUAGACAUUGCAGUGUUAUCGGGACGCUGAUGAGGUUGGGUCCUGGCGGUAUGGCGAAGUUAUUGGGGAGACUGGAGGGGAAUGGUGUUGAGUUGGUUGGGAUGGCGGAGAGUAUAAUGAAUGAGACUGAGGAAUAGCAUAACUGAAUUUAUGCUACUAUGCUAAUAAUGCUGCGCA